AUGUCCUACUUGGAGCAGUACAAAGCCUACGACUUGGAUGCAGAGAAGCUGCGGGGAAUGAACCCUCUGCAGGCUUAUGCGUUUCACGACCGCAUUGUGCGUCUCAACACUUUGCUGAAUAAAAUGAAUAAAGAAGAAAGAAAGAAAUUUGAAGGCGUUUUCAAAGACUUGAAGGAAUGGAAUAUCGAGGAAACUGCGACAGCUGCAAGAGACGCGCUGCUCAACCAUGUGCAACAUUGUGUCUUAUUAGCCUCUCACAGGGAGCUCCGCCGCCGCAUCUACAUCAGCGCGUACAGCUUCCUCAGCAAAACUGGAAUGACAAGAAGAAAAGCAAAAGGAAUGAGCCGCUCCUUUUCAAAAAAGAUUACCCACACUCUCACUUAUUCGCCAACGCUGGCCUCGAACCCCAGCCGCCUCAUCUUCGAAGUCCGCCAGGCCAUGAUGGGCAAAUAUGUUUCUUUUCUUGUGCCCGACAACGCCGGGCGACUCGCGAUGAUUGUUUAUGACAUUGUCGUUGAUGUGCUCGGCAAGGAGAUCGCACUGGAGGUUCCUGCUGGCGGAGGCAGCGUGGUGGACACUUCCUCCAUUCACGUGAACUUGUUGCCUUUUCGCUCGUCUCUGAGCCUUUACCACCUUUACGAGUCUUUGCAAAAAGUAUUUACUUUUUCUUUGACUCCUUCGGAGCAAAGAAAUGUGUCUUUACACGCUCAACUGGGGCAGAUCAUCACGCAGGACACCUGCGAGCCGAUCCGCCCGGUUAUUGCAAUUCUGCCCCAAAGAGAUGCUGCAAUUAUCCGAUUUGGGCAAGACAACUGCAGCAAAAUAGCAGCAGCAUCUUUUUUGAAGUCGCAGGCAGAACCAGUGGUCAGGAGGUUCAUCAGAGAAAGCGUUUUCGAAAUCACCAAAGACCAGUGCGCUCCCUACGAGACCGAAGUUUCCGAGGCGAUCGACAUCGCCAUUGACCAGAUUUUGGUUUCCAAUCUUCCUCAAGAUCAACAUGAAGCUGCAAUUAAACACUCAGUGGAGGAAUUGGGAGAUAAAUAUUCUCAUAUUGUCGAUGCUGCCAGAGACCUCGCCACAGCUGCGCAGCCAAUUCACGUGAAAACAUUUCGCACGUUUCGGCUGCUGCAAAAUGUCGCAAUGGCUUACGAACAACAAGCCAUAUUUAAGGCGAUGAUCGAGGCAAGGCUCAGGAAACACUUUGGGGUUUCCACAGGCUUCAACUCCCAAGUGCCUGCCCUGGUGCAGCAGCUCUACAUGGAGUUCGAAGAAACCAAAGCUUAUUUGCCAGCUAUAGACCCUUUGGCCACAGCUGUUGUAAAAUUCUUCUAUUACUCUCCCGAGGGCGAAAGCGAGGCCACGCUGGAGGUGCUGCUGGGCCAGUCGCUGGCCGCAAUCGCCCAGGGGCUGCACGAGGCGCAGCAGCAGCAGCAGCAGCAGCAGCAAAGCAGCAGCUCAGACGUGGUGCACCGUUUGCUGCAGUUUGUGCGGAAGAAGUCUUCCUACGAGGACGAAAUGGCAGCUGCGCGCCGCGAGGCUGAGGAACAGCAGCAGCAGCAGCAGCAGCAGCAGCAGCAGCAAGAGCCGCCAGUAGAUGAAUCUGAAUUGUUUCCAAUGCUUAACCGCGCUUUUCACACUGUCACGGAAAACGUCAAACAGCUGAAAAGCAGAAUCAUCGAUUAUCUCAAGUAUGGACAGCACUUUCCAAGGAGUUCUAUGUGCUCCGACACCCACUCUCCCGCCCUUUUGCGCUUUUCAACUGGGCUUUCUGGGCGCCUCACGGAGGCUCUGGAUGCGGCGGCGCGAAAGGUGCGGGGCCGCGCGUUUCGGCGGCGCGGCCGCCGCGGCUCCGUUUCGCUUUUGGUGUUGGACGUUUUGGAGUUAAUUGAAAGUUUGAAUUUGCACGGAGUGGACGGCAGUCGAUUUUUGCUGGACCUUCGCUACAGCUUCCGGCCCCAGCCCCCGCCAACCACGUCUUCAGCAGCAGCUGCUGCUGCUGUUGCUGCUGCUGCUGCUGCAGCGCCGUCGGCAACGGAAGACAUUGGGUCUUCCAUUCUCGGGCAGCUGCGUCUUCAAGGAAAUGAAAAGUAG